AUGACGGGCUCUUGGUUCCAGAAGCAGUUCACGCUACCCGCGCGCUCCCGCGGCUCCUACCUCAUCACUGACGAGGUCGUGAGCCAGCUUCCCGAGAUCAAGAACUACAAGGUCGGCAUUCUGCACCUGUUUGUGCAGCAUACGAGCUGCGCCCUCAGCCUCAACGAGAACUGGGACGACGAUGUCCGGGCCGACAUGAGCGACGCGCUGGACCGCAUCGCACCCGAGGUCGGCCCCAAGGGACAGGAGCUGUACCGCCACAGCGCCGAGGGCCCUGAUGACAUGCCCGCUCACAUCAAGAGCGCUCUGGUGGGCGCAAGCGUCACCAUUCCCAUCAAGGACGGCAGACUCGCUACGGGAACGUGGCAAGGAAUCUGGUACCUGGAGUUCAGAGCCAGCAGGCACCAGCGCCGGCUCGUCGCCACCAUCCAGGGAGAGCCCAAGGCAUAA